UUUGAAGGUUAAAACACAUAAUUUAAUGGGGCUAUUAGUAAGUCAUGAAUACAAAAGAUUAACCUAGUUAAUAGUUGUACUGCAUAAUUUAAUUAUUACAUGCUUUUCUUUAGUGUACAAUACGUAUUUGAUGUUUUGAUUAAUUGAAUGUUUUGAUUAUUAUAUGAUUUAUUCUUAUUGAACUAACUAACUUUUGUAGACUUGGCGCAUUAAGGGUGAUCUUGAUCUUCUUGGUGUUGCAUGAUUUUUCAUAUUCAUGUGUACCUAAGAAACAUAACUUUAGACUUGCCCUGCCUUUUAUUUUUCCAAAAAAUCUUUGCCUUCUUUAUUUCUGGAUUCUGCCAUUAAGUUGUUUAUACAUGCUCAUAUCAUUUGGACUCGCUGUAUCCUCGCUCUCUCUCUCUCUCUGUCUCUCUCUCUCUCUCUCUCUCUUUUCAACUUUUGAUAUCUGUGCGUUUCAUCCUCUCAAUCUGCGGCAAACAUUCUCAAAGAUUCUUUUCUCUCUCCCUUUUUAACUCGUCAACUUCUUAUUUAUAUCUCCAUCUCAUCCUCUCAACUAACAGCACACAUUUACAAAGCUCCUCAAUCUUUACCUUCUCUUCGCACACUCUCUCUUGCGCUGCAGAGAUGGCAGAAGCACCAGUGCAAGAGACUCCUGAACAAUUGAAGUGCCAGACAUGGGUGCUGAAAGUUUCUAUCCACUGCGAAGGCUGCAAGAAGAAAGUCAAGAAAGUUAUGCAGAGUGUUUAUGCCACUGAUGUAGAUCCUCAGCAACACAAGGUUACAGUGACUGGUAGUGUUGAUGCAGAGACUCUUAUUAAGAAACUGGUAAAGAUGGGCAAACACGCUGAGCUUUUUCCAGAGAAGCCUGACAGAAAGGAGAAAAAUGCUGGGAAAUCAAAGGACAAUGGGAAAAAAAAUGAACCUAAAUAUGAAGAAACUGGUGGAUCAAAUGGUCAGAAAAAGCAUGAGAAUUCUGAAGACCCUGCUACAAAGGGUGAAAGCGGUGAGAGCAAGGAUCUAGCCAACAAAAAUGGUGGUGAAAAUGGAGAUAAAAAGAAGAAGAAGAAGAAAAGGCAUCACAGUGAUUCUAAUGAUGCUGGUGAAGGCUCUGGCUCUGGAACUCCAACACCAGCUCCAGACUCGAAUCUUUGUCGUUCACCACAGCACAUGUACCUGCAUCCACCAUUCAUGUAUCUGCAUCCACCAAUGUACCCUGUACCUGCAGCAUACACAGUGAGUUGUAGUAUGGCAAAUCCUAGCACUAGCUCCUGUCAGGAACAGCCAGUUUAUGCUCAUGCAUUCUCAUAUCCAGCAACUUAUCCACCAGUUCCGCCAAGCCAUUGCAUCGAUUGGUUUGAUGAUGAAGACGACGACGGUUUCUGCUCAAUCAUGUGAUGCAGAAACUUAAGUAUGUGUAGCUAUAUUAUAUUUUCUAGUACCAAUGCAUAAAUAUUUGAUUGUGAGUUGGGGCAGAAAGGGUGGUGUUCAUUUUGUAAGAUGAAAAUUGAAACAAAGGAAUAUAUUAAAACUGGGGAGGAUAAAAGGGUUGUUUUGCAGUUCAGAUCUUUAGUAGAUUGCCUUUAUUAGUGAUGCAGCUCUUGUGUGCUACUUUUAGUUGUUCGAGCGGUUCGUGUGGUACGCCUUGUAUUAGUUGUUUGUAGGGCCUGAAUCUCACUUUGCACUAUGAGGUGUUGUGGAAAUUUCAAGUGUUUAUGAAUCA